UUCCCUCCUUCGCUUCGCAUCGCCUCGUCUGCCGGGGAUAUGGCCACUUCCCGCGCCAGUCGGCAGCCACAAAAUCAUGGCUAUCGAACUUUAUCCUUGUCUGGGCAUGUUGGCUUUGGUAGUUUACCCGAGCAACUUGUUAAAAAAUCCAUCAAGCAGGGCUUCUGCUUCAACAUUCUUUGCAUUGGGGAAACUGGAAUUGGAAAAUCAGCCUUGAUAAACAGCUUAUUUAACACCAAUUUUGAUGACCCUGUGUCAACACAUUUUCUGCCACGUGUACAACUUAGAGCCCAGACUUAUGAACUCCAGGAAAGUAAUGUUCUUUUGAAGCUGACUGUUGUAAACACAGUGGGAUUUGGUGACCAGAUAAACAGAGAAGACAGCUAUCAGCCAAUAGUGGAUUAUAUAGAUGCGCAAUUUGAAGCCUAUCUCCAGGAAGAACUGAAAAUUAACCGUUCUUUAUUUAUCUACCAUGAUACACGCAUCCAUGUCUGCAUCUAUUUCAUUUCACCUACAGGCCAUUCCCUCAAAACCUUAGACUUGUUAACCAUGAAAAGCCUUGACAGCAAGGUGAACAUUAUACCAAUUAUUGGCAAAGCAGAUGGCAUUUCUAAAACUGAACUACAGAAUUUCAAGAACAAAAUCAUGAGUGAACUAGUUAGCAAUGGUGUCCAGAUUUACCAGUUUCCAACUGAUGAUGAAACCUUCGCUGAAAUGAAUACCAUCAUGAAUGGGUGUUUGCCAUUUGCUGUAGUAGGAAGUACAAAAGAGGUGAAAAUUGGAAACAAAGUGGUGAGGGCUCGUCAGUAUCCCUGGGGCAUUGUACAAGUGGAGAAUGAGAACCACUGUGACUUUGUGAAGCUUCGCAAGAUGCUUAUUUGCACCAAUAUGGAAGACUUAAGAGAGCAGACUCAUGCACGACAUUACGAGUUGUACAGACGCUGCAGACUGGAAGAGAUGGGCUUCAGGGACACUGGCCCUGAGAACAAACCAGUCAGUCUACAGGAGGCCUAUGAAGCAAAGAGGCAUGAGUUGUACCUUGAACUGCAAAGAAAAGAGGAGAAGAUGAGACAACAGUUUGUGCAGAGAGUGAAGGAGAAAGAAACAAUAUUGAAAGAAGCAGAGCAACAGAUACAGAGUAGAUUUGAACAUCAUAUGCUAAUGCAUCAAGAAGUGAAACAGAAAUUAGAGAAAAAGAAAAAAAUUCUAGAAAACGAAAUAGCACUGUUUAUUGAGAAGAAAGCUAAUGCUGAGCUACUCCAGUCACAAGCAUCCAUCUCUACGCCUGUUGUUGGUUUGAAGAGAGACAAGGACCGCAAAAAGUAA